AUGCUUGAGCCGAGCACAAGAUAUGCCAUUGUAUGUGACAACCUCAAGAAAGUGUAUCCAGGUAUGGAUGGGAACCAGCCUAAAAUGGCAGUUCAAGGGCUAUCUCUCGCGGUACCUUCAGGAGAAUGCUUCGGCAUGUUAGGGCCCAAUGGUGCUGGAAAGACCUCCUUCAUCAAUAUGAUGACUGGGCUUGUGAAACCAACAUCUGGAGCAGCUUUUGUUCGAGGAGUUUCUGAUAAACCUGCUGGAAAAUACAGUGGUGGUAUGAAAAGACGGCUAAGUGUAGCCAUUUCACUUAUUGGUAGUCCUAAGGUGGUGUAUAUGGAUGAGCCGAGCACAGGACUGGAUCCAGCUUCAAGAAUGAACCUAUGGACGGUCAUCAAACGAGCAAAAUCACACACUGCGAUAAUUCUCACUACUCACUCAAUGGAAGAAGCAGAGUUUCUCUGUGACCGAUUGGGUAUUUUUGCAGAUGGAAGGUUACAAUGCAUAGGGAACCCAAAAGAGCUAAAGGGAAGAUACGGUGGUUCUUAUGUGUUUACUAUGACAACAGCAUUAGAGAAUGAGAAAGAUGUAGAGAUGUUGGUUCAAAAUGUUUCUCCAAACGCCAAGAAGAUAUAUCACAUCGCAGGGACACAGAAGUUCGAAAUGUCUAAAGAAGAAGUUCGAAUCUCAGAAGUGUUUCAGGCGGUGGAGAAGGCCAAGAGCAGCUUCAGGGUGUUUGCUUGGGGACUUGCGGACACAACUCUUGAAGAUGUCUUCAUUAAGGUCGCUAGAACUUCCAAAGCUUUUAAUGUAUUUUCUUGA